CGCGCGCCUUCGAGCCUCCGGGUCUCUCGUAACCAUCGGUUGUAAUAUCGUUGUGCCUAACGCGUUCCUACUCUCGUGUUGUUCCGCUGCCUGGCAUCGGAGUUACGUCGUAGUUGUACGGUGACAACUGGCCAUCGCGGAUCGUACACGUAUCGAGUUAGCUGAGCAACAAACCGAUCGGGGAAAGCCCUUUUAUACGCGUCCCAGCCGACGGGGAACAACAGUUUUUCCGGACUACAAACACAGGUUGACCGCGAGUGGAGUAGCUCUGUAACGCAACUUUCCAGCCCUUUACCGUCCUCUGUUUUUUUUUUUUUUUUUUUCUACGUCCAACCCUCGUGACAUGCCACUUUGGACGAGCGCCAAGGAACCCCGGCAACGGAUCAGCCCAGAGAUGUUGGCGACAGUCCAAGUGCACCCAGUGGUUUCGUGCUGCUACCUGAGCUCUCCUCUUGUUUACACUAUCACCGUUCAGCAUUAGAUCGCGUGCUACGACCGACAGGGAGUGUAUCGAAGGGGUGAACGAUCGUGCAAACAGUGCCCGAUGCGAAUCAGGAGUUUCUUCGUCCGGUGGUGUUCGCGACCCUAGUGUUUACGUCUACCAGUGCACGAGUAGCACGGAACGGUUUACCUUCCCCCCUCCUAUCCACCCUUUCACCCUCUGCCACCGUUUUCGCUUAUUAUUGUGAAUCGUUGUCGAUCAAAUUCGUUAUGUGCUACGUGUUAUCAAGGUAGCCGGUAAUUUCACCUCGAUCUCGGUCGAUUUGACAGAGUACAUUGGUCUCGAAGCGACAAAACAGUGCUCUAGUGUUUUAAUAUUGGAAAUUAUUGAGUGCGGAGGGAAUUCGGAAGACCAAGAAGCCGCUAGAUGCAAGGAUUUUAAAUAGUAGCUCCGGAAAGCCAGCCCGACGCAAUGCGUCGACGCUGCUGACGGAACGCGCCUGGAUGCGUCUCACUUUAAGCACGUUACCACAGCUUGCCGUUUUAGCGAAGAUUUUGUGCCUCCUGAUGGUGGUGAUGUGCGGGGCGGUACCGGCAAUGGUGCGCUCCGUGAGUCUGUAUUCGACUUGCAGCAGCGGCAAUGUCACUGUAAUUAACCGCACAGUCAAGGCCGAGGGACGCAAUGAAAGCAACGCACCCUACCAAAAACUUACAACGCAAUCCGAAGAUUUCACUAGGAAGUUGUACAUCUUUGCAGAGAAGAGUCAAAAAUACAUUUGCUUCAACAAGCGGUGGAAACUCGUAGCCCUGCCGAAAAAGCAUAAGGGUCCCAUGUGUCAGUUUUACGAGGACUACAACGGCUCGUACUUAACCUACAGAAGCGUGGUAGACAGCACGCGGUACAUAGGCUUCAACAAGGGUGGCAAACAGAUGAGAACUCGAGGUCGACAGGAGUGCUUCAAUUUCAUCAAGUACAAUCCCCAUGCCAACAUCAAUCACCACAACAACCUGGUGAACGCUGACAUGGGCGGUAUGGAUCCACGCGAACCAUACGUUACAUCUAGGAAACCGUCAGCUGGUAUGAGGGCCGCGAAAAAGAAGUCCCUGUCGCAGGUCGACAAUGCAAGGGGGAUCGUUUACACGCAUCGUUAUCGGCAUUCGAAUCACUGGAAGACGCCUCGAAGACGACACGAUAGUCGUCUGUUCGUCGAGGCCAGCAACUAUUGAGCCAUGUUUCGGCUCGCCGAUCAAGACUGCCUCCUCCACAUCAGUGAGAACCUGAGAUCAGACUGCCAAAUACGCUGGUGGAACGUACGGUCAAGAUAUCAGGAACCCACUAAGCGGCACCACGUGAAGCACGCGCCUCGAUUGAUCGCAACGAACAAAAUGAUAGAAAAAAAAUGAAACAAACAGCUGGCUCGCCUUAUGUCUCCUGCUUGUUUGCCUUUUUCGAUCGACGCCCGACACGUUGGAAAGAGAAAAAAAAAAUCAAAUAUAUUAAAACGGACGAACUAGCAGGAAGACAGUCUUGCUGGUGUGUUAGAACUUUCGUUUAGAUUCCAUUCGUUCACACUUGCCCCCGACUGAAUCCUUCUUCAGGCAAGUAUAUAUUGCACGAUAUAUAUUGUAUAUGUAUAUCAUGAUUUCACGUAUUCGUUUCCAUCGCUAAAUAAUUUUAUCCGUACGAUACGAAACAUUAUUCUUCGGUUCCGUUAAGGGAUGAUAUUGAAAAAUUUCUUGCAUUCGGAUGCAGUGAGUUCGAUCGUUUAGCGAUGGAGGAUUAAAUUGAGUUGCGCACGAUCGGCCUAAAUCGUUGCGCAAUCGGAUAGCUAUCGUGCUUCAAACGCUGUCAUAGAUCGCGAUUAGAUGCGUGGAGAGUUACAAAGAGAAUCGGUGCACCCUCGUGGAAAUAUUUUCUUAGAAUAGAGGAAAGAAAGAGAGAGAGAGAGAGAGAAAAAGAAAAAUAAUUUGAAUCGCGUUC